GGAGUGUAGGCCAGGGGGUUGGCGGUGCCGUGUCAUGGAGGCUCAGUCUCAGAGCAGCCAUUGAAGGGGAAGGAACUGCGGUGUGUGUGUGUGUGCGCGCGUGUGUGUGCGUGUGUGUGUGUGCGUGUGCGCGCGCGCGCGUGUGUGUGUGUGCGUGUGAGUGCGCGCGAGUGUGUGGACAAGGAGGUGGGGGCAGCCGAGUUAGAGUCCCAACUCCUUGGACUCCAUUUGCUAUUCUCUUCUUUCUCCCCCACACCUAUCUGGAGGUGGUGGGCGUUUAUAUUUGCUUUUCUUUUCAUUCAUUUCCAAAUCUUUUAAAAUUUAAGGGUUGGGGGUAGUGGGAAAGGCAGGAAAGGGUAAGGGAAGGGAGUAGUAGCAGAAGAGCAGGAGGAGGACAUGGAGAUGAAAAAGAGGAUUAACCUGGAGUUAAGGAACAGAGCCCCGGAGGAGGUGACAGAGUUAGUCCUUGAUAAUUGCCUGUGUGUCAAUGGGGAAAUUGAAGGCCUGAAUGAUACUUUUAAAAAACUAGAGUUUCUGAGUAUGGCUAAUGUGGAACUAAGUUCACUGGCCCGGUUGCCUAGCUUAAAUAAACUUCGAAAGUUGGAACUUAGUGACAAUAUAAUUUCUGGAGGUUUGGAAGUCCUGGCAGAGAAAUGUCCAAAUCUUACCUACCUCAAUCUGAGUGGAAACAAAAUCAAAGAUCUCAGUACAGUAGAAGCUCUGCAAAAUCUUAAAAAUUUGAAAAGUCUUGACUUGUUUAACUGUGAGAUCACAAACCUGGAAGAUUACAGAGAAAGUAUUUUUGAACUGCUGCAGCAAAUCACUUACUUAGAUGGAUUUGAUCAGGAGGAUAACGAAGCACCAGACUCAGAAGAGGAGGAUGAUGAGGAUGGAGAUGAAGAUGAUGAAGAGGAAGAGGAAGAUGAAGCUGGUCCACCUGAAGAAUAUGAAGAAGAGGAGGAGGAAGAAGAGGAGGAUGAAGAUGAGGAUGAAGAUGAAGCAGGCUCAGAACUGGGAGAGGGAGAAGAGGAAGUGGGCCUCUCAUAUUUAAUGAAAGAAGAAAUCCAGGAUGAAGAAGAUGAUGAUGAUUAUGUUGAAGAAGGGGAAGAAGAGGAAGAAGAGGAAGAAGAAGGUCUUCGAGGGGAAAAAAGGAAACGAGAUGCUGAAGAUGAUGGAGAUGAAGAAGAUGACUAGAUCAUUCUAAGACCAGAUUCCCUAAUGUUCCUGGGUGUGCAAUAGAGUGAUCACAUCUUCUUUGUUUCUUCAUGUACCAUAGUGAUCCCUACAGAAGAUAACCUGUAACUUUUUAUAGGAAAAGUGUGGUUUUACUAUUUUUGCCUUAUCAUUCCAAAUAAGAUUUACUAGUCUGUUAAUGAUCAUAUUGUAUGUAGAGAAAAAAUUUUCCUUGACCCCAUUGUGAAAUUCCCUAGCAAUUUAUUUAGAAUCUUCAUUUUUCUCAUUCAAGCUCACUGUAUUAGUUAUUUUUAGCUCAUAAUUAAAACAUGAUCACUUUUACACAGGUGUAGUUUGGUGCAUUUCAUUCAUAAGGUUAUAAAGUUAUUUAUAAGUUAACUGAAAUCACAGUCGGCUGGAAUAUGAAAUGAAAAUAGUCUCUUGACUAAUAAGUUGGUUAUAUUUUUAGAGGUGACCCAGAGAUCUUUAGUUUGAAGGCAAUGACCUUUUUUGUUUUUGUUUUUGUUUCGCUAAGGGUAUUUGGGUGCUUUUUUGUCACAUAAGUAACUUAGAAAGUAGGAACAGAAUAGCAAAGGUUCUAUUCAACAAUAUAGUUCAUGGCUUUUGUGGAGGCUUCUGAAACCUUUUAAGCCAGGUGACUAAUAAGAUUUUGUUUUUGAAGGAAAAAAUGCUUGUACUAAAGUUCAGAGACAUGCAGGUGAGCUCUUUGUUUUUCUAGCUGAAAAUCACGACAUGCCAGUGGUUGUUAAUUUUGUUUUGUUUUUAACUGCACAUUCUUUAUUUUCCUCCCAGCAAUUCUGUUAUGAUCACUUUCAUUUUUUGUUUCACUCCCCUCCUUCUAUCUCCAAAAAAAGUUGGGAAACUUAUGGCUACCCAGGAAAACCUUUAUUUAGUCUUUUAUACCUCAACCACCUUUUCAGACUAUCUCAGUUUUAAACAAGCUAAGUGAAAGAAAUUGAGUAUUUUCUGAAAUAUGAAUAUUAUUAUCAAUACAGUUUUAUGCAACAGAUUCUGCUUUCUGUAAAUCUCUCUUGGUUGACAAGAUGUACAGGCUGUAUUAAUAGGGUGAAGAAAGAAAAGCAAAGGAAGCUUUCAGAAGCAGCAUUGAUGUUCCACGAAAGUCAGAACAAUUGCCUCUUGAUAAUUAAUCAAGUCAACUUUUUGGGAAGUUAGCUUCCGAAAUGAUUUAGAUACCACACUGCAAAGUAUUUCUAAUUUUUCUGAGUAGAACCUUUAAUUAUUCUUCCUAUAGUUUUAAGGUAUUACCAGAUACAGCAUUUAAUUGGAAUAUACUGGGCAGUUGGAAAAAUAUUUGAAACUAAAUAUUAAGAUUUGUUUUCAAGUGGAAAUCCAUUAAAAAUAGAAAAAUAUUUGGGACGGGUGUGUUUCUUUAUAUGGCUACUAAAUAUAAUAAUAUGAGUAGACAAGUACAUCUCCCUUUUUGUUGUGGAGGCUCCGUGUUCAAGGCAAUUGCUUUUUAAAUCUUGGCUAAAUUUUUUUCUGCUUUGUUUUGAAUAUCUGUAAGUUUUUUUAAAGUUAGCAUCAGCAAAUUAAUUGAAGUUAUACUUCUAUACUGGGACACAUUUAAAUUACUGAGUAAAGAACUUCUUUUUUAGUUUCAGAUGUAUGACUUGGGGUUUUAAAGUAAAAAUUACAAAGUUAUUUGUGGGUAAACUAAAAAAGUUGCACAAGUGACUGAACUAAAACUCUUGGAAUAAGUUCAGUGGGGGGAUUGGAAUCUCCAAAAGACUAACAUUUUAUUCCUUUUAUAACAGUUGAAAUACCCUGUUUUAGUCCUUAAGAAUUCUCAUUGCAUAGUAUAUGCCAGACUAUAAAAUACUUAUUUUUAAAAUGAAAUCUAUAUAUUGACUUUCUUAUCAAUCAUCUUAUUGUGCAAUCAAAAUUAGAGUUCUUUGGUUUGAAAACAACAUUUAGAGCCUCCAAAUAACUUUUUAAGACUUAUUUAGCUUUGUGGGUGGUAUUUUCAUGCAAAUAAGUAAGGGUGGGUUUUAUAUUUUGUAGAAGUUUUUGGUCCUAUUUUAAUGCUCUUUGUAUGGCAGUAUGUAUAUAGUGUGUUAAAUUUCCUCAAAACUCUUCUUUAAAAACUUUGAAGUUAAUACUUUUGUGCAACUGUGUUUUGAAUAAAGCCAUGACAGUGUUAAAAAAAAAAAUGCAGCACUCCUGAUUAUUCUUUUAUUGUUUUUGACUUCCCUGUUUUUUUUUUCUGUGACUGCUGUAACUUAAAGUUUUUGAAAUUGAAUUGCUUCAAAUAAAUGGAAGAUUUGUUGUUAAUUAUUA